UUGCACAAGGUCUCUGUGCAUCGGCAAAUCGCCCCCAAGUCUUUUUUUGCGAUAGGGCGGUUUGCCUGAUAGUAAAGUUAGCAGAGUUUUAACCCAACAAAUCCCGGUUGAGAUGGGUCUCAUCCAUGAGAAAGCAAAGGAAGGGGACGUGGAGGCAAUAGAGCAAAUCGUGCAGGAUCCUGAGCAAGAGACGGAGGGCGCGGCCGAAAGAGACCAGCAGGAGAAUACGGUUCUGCAUGUGGCUUCCAAAGCAGGAAAGCCAGCGGUCGUGGAUUGGUGCCUGCGGCAGUCAAAUGUAGAUCUGAACGCUCUGAACGUCGCCGGAGACACGCCGCUGAUAUUGGCUUCUGCACUUGGGGCGCUGGAUAUCGUCAAGAAGCUCGUUGCGAAAGGCGCCGAAGUGAACCAGGCCAACGAUCAUGGCAACACCGCACUACAUUACGCCUGUUUCUGGCGGCAUCAAGAUGUAGCUGUUUAUCUGACAAAGGAGGCAGGGGCAUGGGUUGCUAUCAAGAAUAAAUAUCAGAAGACGCCGUUGGGGCGGACGAGUCUGGAGAUUAGGGAGGAGUUGGAAGGCUCUGCGGAGGGUGCGCAGACCAUACAGGCGCCUGCACGGACAUUUGCGCAGGCUAAAGAGGAGGCGAAGACAAGGUUUCUGGCGAAAGGCGGCGUGGACUGGGAAAUCGCCGCAACAACCGUCCAAACGGUCCCCGAACCCCUCUAUGUCUCACACCACAUCAUCACCCGCCGCGGCAAAUGGAACAACUACAACGUCAUCAUCCGCACCCCCCUCAACCAAAAACGCAUCACCGCCGAAGACGUGCGGCAGCUCCGCACCGAAAUUGGCAACAUUCGCAAAUUGUUCCACCCGAACCUGCUGCCCAUUCUCGCGGCGUGCAUCACCCCGCCGAAUGUGGGCGUGUUGACCGAGUACAUGCCCCGCGGCGAUCUGUGGACGUAUUUGCAUGAGCCGAGUAUUGAGAUUUCAUUGGAUGUUGCGAUGGCGUUUGCGUCGGGGGUUUGUGCAGGUCUGCUCUUCCUCCACGAACAAGACCCACCCGUCGCACACUCCAAUCUCAAAUCCCAAAACAUCCUGCUCGGCCCCGACCUAACCCCCAAACUCACCGACUACGGCAUCACCAACCCCUUUCUCUCGCCCCUCCGUUCAACCACGAGCCGGUACCUAGCCCGCACGGAAUGGCUCGGCCCGGAACUGCUCCGCGGCCCGUCGUUCGUGAAGGAUUGGAAGGCGUUGGAUGUGUAUGCAUAUGGGAUCCUGUUACAUGAGAUUGUGACGAGGGCGCCACCCUAUGAGAAUAUGAAUGCGAUGAUUAUUGGGAUGAAGGUCUUGUUGGAAAAUAUGAGACCCGAGAUACCCGAGUACACUCCCGAGCAUCUAUCAUGGCUGAUGUCAAUGUGCUGGGCCGCCGAAGCGCGGCACAGGCCCUCUAUGUCUACCAUCUCCCAGACGCUCGCUAACCCUGACUACCUCAACCAGAUCAAUGGGACGGAAGAGUAUGAAGAGAGCGUGCUUGAGACGGAGUUUUCACCAACGUUGAUUGAGCAUGAAGGGGCGGGUGGGGAUUAAGUGACUUUGAGGCAUUUGCAAUCAGAUUGACCUUUUUGGGGGGUCUGCCACCGUGAUUCGUUGCAAGAGAAGUAUCGAAAAAUCCCAUAUAUUUCUCCCUGACCCCGCACAGCGGGGUAUCGCAGCAACCCAACU